AUGGACGACCCGACGUGGGAAGCACACAAGUUGGAGCUCCAACAGCUGUAUCUUCAGCAGAACCGAAGCCUGAGCCAGGUAAUCCACCAUAUGGCAUCCACGUACGAUUUCAGGAGAUCGAAAGCACAAUACGAGAACCGUCUCUACCAAUGGGGGUGGCAAAAAUAUCAGAGGCUCACGCCAUCCGACGGGAACUUCAUCGGGCGGCGCACCCACAAACGAAGGAAGGUGUUCAACAAGGCGAGCGAGGUUUACAUAGACCGCGAGGAGUAUGCGCCAAGGAAACUGAAGAAGGCCCUGUGCGCCAAAGCGAUGUGGCUAAUAAGACCGGGCGCGGGUUGGGCCAUCAGCUCCUUCCCCGGAUACGCCAGAAAGAAUCCUCGUCUGCACCCCAGCAUCCGCGGGAAUGCACCUUACUUGGAACGUAUCCCUCCCGUGGCUGCGCUUCACAAACCUUCUGCGACCGGGGCAAGCCGGGGAUCUUUCAUCGGCAAGAGGGUUACCUCCCAUCUAACCUCCAUUGUGCCAUGGCGCCGCCUUUCCCACCCUCCCGUCCGAACCAGUACAUCGCGAACCGCCGCCGCGCUGACAAUAUUGAUGCCGGAGGAGUACGAGGACCAUCACCAGGCGCUGGCUGAACGGUUCAGCGAGGGGAGGCAAUCGGCGCUUGAUAGUUUGGCGGUGGAUAUGUUCCUCCUCUCCAACAAUCUAGUCUCCCACGAAGCCAAGGGAAAAACGUUUGCCAGCAUGGAGAUUCACGAUGCACGCGUCGUUGACCUCCUUCGAGCAUCUGGUUGGGACAGCGUGGCUCAAAUUCGGAUCUUGCUGUCUACCCAGGAGCCGACAGCCGGGGCCAUAGCCGAGCAGGCCUUUGCAAGUGCUCUCCGGAUUUUGGACAGAGAUAUAGUCAAGAUGAUGCUCGAAGCCGGCGUUGACCCAAAUGUACCUAUCGACACGGUGGCAUCUGGGCCACAAACACCACUGCAGUACCUCGCCAGUAUUGGUACACAGGACCACCCCGCUCUUGACUUGAUCGAGCUACUGUUGUCCUACCGGGCGGAUAUUGAUCUAUCGGUUGGUGAGAUUUCACCACUUGAACACGCAGUUGAGCAGGACCACACCAAGGUCAUUGAGUUCUUAGUCGGGCGCGGUCCCCGCAUCACACCUUCAUGUCUCGCUGCUGCAGCGGGAAAGGUCGCGGAUGCAGACCUUUUCUCCACAUUUCUUGGUCCUGCAACGGAUAUGGAUGUACGGAGCGGGUGGCCACUGUCUGAGGCUGUGCGCUCUGGGAGAAUACACAUCGCGAGCCUUCUGCUCAGCAACGGCGCCGAUGUAAAUGCAUUGGUAGGUAUCAACUUCGACGGAUCGUGGGGCCUUACCACGGCUAUAGGUGUUGCAGUCGAGGCGAAUGGUGUCGAAAUGUUGAAAUUUUUGCUGGAUGCGUGUUCCGACAUUAACCCUGAACUCGACGGGCUCCGCUAUAUUUCUCCCCUUGCCCUAGCGGUAGAUCGGGAGAAAACAGAGCCGCUAAUAAUUGACCUGCUCCUCCUCGCGGGAAUCAAUGUGCAUGUCGCUGAUUGUUGUGGAGAGAUGACCUUGGUUGAGCGUGCUCUAGAGUCCAACGAUAUUGCCGCAUGCGAGGUCCUGAUACAGCACGGUGCGAGAAUCGAGAAGCCACUUUCUGAGGGGACGCAAUAUACCUCGGCACUUGGGAGCGCGAUCAAGAGUGGUGCCGCCGAAAUCUGCGCUAUGUUGAUCAGGAUGGGCGCAAGGUUAAACGAUGCCUAUACCGAGCCCCCAGGGACUGUACUCGGAGCGGCUAUCGAAAAGGGAGACGUGCACCUCAUCCGCACACUUGUCAAUGCCGGGGCCGUAGCACUCACCGACAGGCUGCAAACGAUCGGAAACAUAGAUACCGCCAUGUAUCUACAACAGCUAGGCAUUCUAGAAGGCAUCCUCCGCGUCUCGGGGACCAGGAUCCUGGUGGCAGCAAUCUCGGCCGGCAAUAACGCUUUGGUCCACUGGUUACUAUAUCAGAAUGCCAGUAUCGAUUUUCUACAGACACAUACAGCAGCUUCAUCCAAUCAUGGGAAUGAGACAACACCACUGCAGGCUGCGAUCUCCUCUGGCCGACUCAGUUUUGUGCAUGCGAUCCUCGACACUAGGGUGCAAGUUACAGAUCGCGAUCUUACGACGGCAGUGCACACCAGCGGAGUAGGCUGCACUGAUGAUCUCUGGCAAUUGAUGCUCAAACACCUCAGAGGAAAAGCUCCUACUACUAUCGCAGCAGGAAUCAUGGGCCGAAAGCCGGAGCUUGUGCAACUCCUCCUGAAAGGAGGCGCAGACCCGACGGGGAAACCACUGGAGAUUUUGGACUACUGGAAACGAGAUGGAUGCAAUGAUAUUCCACUCGGGGCUCCACGAUCUGUUCUUGAACUACUUCCCAGAUGGGGAAACCAGUCACUGCUGGAAUGUUUGUUGCAGUCAUACGAUGGGGACCCAACAGCGGUUAGCCGUGCUUUGACCCUCUCCAUCAUAUUGAACCGUAGUGACUUUGCUGAAUGCCUCAUGAACGCUAAUAUCGAUGUUAACCACGAGAUCAUCAUCUGCCAUUUCGAAGGCGAGGAUGACGGCGCGGGCGACGCGCCUAUGUUGGUGCAUAACGAAGUCUUCACGCCGCUUCAGCCUGCGGCAAAAUACCAGCAGCUCCCAAUCGCCAAGAAGCUCCUCGAACACCCUGAAAUCGACCUUAAUUACCUGGGAGACGGCCUCCGCCGGAGAACUGCGCUGCAGCACGCCGUCGACAAGGCAAACAUGGACCUGGUCAACCUACUCCUCCGAGACCACGACGCCGACGUCAACAUUGGACCAGCAAGUAACGGAGGAGCGACCGCCCUGCAACUUGCAGCUAUCCGAGGGUACCUAGGGAUUGCACGACGUCUGGUCGACCUCCACGCUGAGGUCGAUGCCCCUCCAGCUGAAUUUAACGGGAGAUCCGCACUCGAGGGAGCGGCGGAGAAUGGUCGGAUUGAUAUACUGCAGAUGCUUCUUGAUGCGGGGGCAUCGGUGACUGGGGUCAUUGGUGAGCGCCAGUAUCGGCGGGCUGUCUACCUAGCGAAACAGAAUGGACAUUAUGCUGCUGCUCGUCUUUUGAGGCAGUUUAAGGAGCGUAUGGAAUGA